AUGGCGGAUAAAGGUAACGAUGAUGCAGUGCCGAGAGUCACCGAGCAAAUGAGAGAAGUGAUUGCUGAGGAGGUUGGAAAAGCAAUCGAAAAUAGUUUGUCUGGUUUUAUCGAUAAGAUUCAAAACACGGUUCUAUCGGUAGCGGACGAGAGAAUCAAGAAAUUGGAAGAUAGUGCCAAUCUAGCAAAGAAAAGUCCGGAGGACGAAAGCCUUGUUCAUACAAAGAGUUCAUGGCGUGCAAACUGCCAGUCUAUAAUGGGGAGGACCCAUUGUGAUGAAGAGGACUACGUAGCCUAUGGUACGGGUCAAUUAAAGGGUCAAGCUAAAGACUGGUGGGAUAACAAAAAGAAAGAAAUUGGAAGUGAAGCAGCUAAGGCCAUGACAUGGGAUGAAUUUAAGACGCCGUUUCUUAAACAUCACAGUCCCAAGGCAGUUAUUAAUCGAAUCAAAGAAGAGUUUAUGCAACUUAGGCACAAGGGUGAGUCCAUAGACAAAAUCACAGGAAUGUUUAUGGAUAAAAUGAAGUUUUGUGACGAAUUGGUGACAAAUGAAGAACAGAAGAUAUAUUAUUACUACAAUAUGGUGAGCGCCGAGUAUAGAGAGUUUAUGAUUCCUUCAAAAUACGAGACCCUUACCGAGAUCAUAAAUGUUGCUCGGGAAUGGGAGAUUGAAUUGAAAAAGCAAGUAGAAUGGGGCGAACGAAGGGCACAUGAUGUUAAUCCAAGCCCUACUAAGAAAGCACGAACAAAUGAAACGGGGAAGAAAUCUGAUGCAAAAGGCGGGUCGCCAAGUUGCAAAAUCUUCGGAAAGGGUCAUAAGGGCGAAUGUCGCUUCAAGGAUAAACCUUGCCCCAUAUGUUGGAAAACGGGGCAUAUGGCUUCAUCAUGCCCGGAAAAAGUGACGGUUUGCUAUAAUUGCUAUAGACCGGGUCACAAAAAGUCGGAAUGCCCUGACCUAGUGGGAAAGAAAGACGGGCAAGACACGAAAGGUUUCAGCACUGACAACGAAGAAUACACAAUAGACAUGAUCCCAAUGUCGAUGGGAGAAUUUCAAGUGAUCGUGGGUAUGGAUUGGUUGUUCCGAUACCACGCAAAGGUGGCAUGUUUCCGAAAGGAAAUAAAACUGACGUCUCCGAGCGGAAAGCACGUUACGAUAUACGGUGAAAAAGGGGGUAACCUGGUGGUAUGCACAAUGCUAGAAGCUCACAGACUUAUGAAACAUGGGUGCAAGGCUUAUAUCGUAUACGCAAUUGAGUCAGAGAGAGAAUCCCUAAAAGUCGGAGACGUGCCGGUGGUACGUGAUUAUGAAGAUGUGUUCCCGGAAGAUUUACCGGGAAUACCACCAAAACGGGAGGUAGAGUUCAUAAUCGAAUAG